UGAUAACAUAACCUUUAAGUAACUAAUUAUUCAGAUUAUUGAAGAAACUUACAAUUAGUUUACCGCUUUCAGCAACAGUAAUAAGAAAACAGUAUGGUUUAAAUAAACAGCUAUAUAUCACAGUUUUUAAGCACCAAAAAUGAGUGCCCUUGGUAGAGUUAGGCAAUGGAAUGCUUUUUCUCAAGUUUGGCAUUUAUUUGAUGCAAAAUGGCAAAACCCUUUUCAAUCUGCUGCAGUUAUAACAAAAUAUUUAAUGGGAAAGCAUAAACCGUUUUAUCACCCAUUUGCCAAUUGUGGUGAUGUUGUUGUUGUUAUUAAUAGUCGUCACAUUGCUCUGCUUGGGGAUGAAUGGAAAAAACGAGUUUAUUUUCACCAUACAGGAUAUCCUGGUGGAGCAAGCUGGACACUAGCUUGGGAAUUACAUGAGAAAUCUCCUACAAUGAUCCUGGAAAAGGCUGUUUAUUCUUCUAUGAAGGGAAACCUGCAACGUAGACAUACAAUGAAGAGGCUAAUUAUUUAUCCAGAUGAUAUUAUACCAGAGGAUAUUCAUACAAAUAUUUCAUCUCAAAUUAAACAGCUAAGAAAAGUACCUAAAGUUUUAGAAAGUGAUGAAGUGAAUAAUUUUCCUAGAAUUUUCAAGUUACCUGUUGAUUAUGUUCCAUCUUGAAAACUGUGAAGAAAUCAAGUUGAAGACAACCAUGUCAAGUGAUUUAUAUUUUUUGGUACACUGUACUCUACACUUAAAUGUGGUUGUUUAUGUGAUACAAAAGUCAAAAUGGUUUAAUAUGGGUGACAUAUGGACACAUUGUGAGCGAAGUUGACGGUAGUUAUUUAAUAAAUAUGAUUCAACAUUAGUUUUUCAAUUGUGUUAACCUUGUUUGGAAUAUAUUCUGUUUGUCAUGAACUGUUGAAAAAUUUUAUGAUUUCACUAAUCGAUCAUAAAAAAAAAAGAAAAAAUAUUUAAUAAUGAGAUUAAGUGAUAAUCCGAGUGGUACAACUUUUAAGGACUACAGUCCUUUUAAUGUUUGCAGACUUGUGAAAGGUUAUGGUCCAAAUGAGACUGUAAAAUUUUUGAGAAAUGGUACGAUAUUAUUGACUGUAAAUAAGGAAAAAGAUUUUAGAAAUUUAGAAAAUAUAAAAACGUUCCAAAAUAUUCUGAUUAUAUUUGAAUUACACAAAUCACUUAAUUUUUCAACUGGGGACGCCUACGUCCCAGAAUUGUUAAAUUGUCCUGAAGAUGAAAUAGUGUCUGAAUUUGAGAACCACGGUGUUGUGGAGGUUAAAAGAAUCUAUAAAAAAAUAAAUAAUGAAAAUAGAGCCACUCUGUUUGUUACUGAUUUUAAAGUUUGAAAAGGGCGAAUUACAU